UUAUUUUCAGAGGCUGCACAGCUCAUUAUCAUUUGACUAACAGUCAGCAAGCCCUUUGUCAUCUGGCGUGUUUUUCUCGUGUAUUCCCGUCCCUGGAAACCCAGAAACAGUGCAUGGUUACACUAAUUGUUAAUUUUGUAACUUGGACUGGAAGUAAAGAAACACUGGUUGUUUUCUAUGUUUACAUUGAAAGGAAUCACAAAUAACUGGAUGUCAUGUUCCGCCAACAUUUACCCGGUUUCAAUGUUUACCAUUGUGUAUUGAACUAUGUCCAAUUUUCCUGGUUACCCACCACCAUUUAGCGCAUGGGAUUCGUUCACAUCCACAAACAGAACUCCAUUUCCUCUCGGGAACCUGCCGGUACCAGUCCCAGGAUUUCCUUCUGUCGUGCCGAGUUUAACCGACCCUGGAUAUUUUCCGGUUCGGCCAGCAUUUUCUGAACCUUUGUCAUUAGCUGCUGGUGUUUACAGACCUUUGGCUUCAAGAUAUUUACCGGGGAUAACUGAUUUACCAGUUCUUGGCUUAGAGCCUUUGUACGGGUUUGGUCCACAAGAGCCUAGGAGUCUGCUGCAUAGCCCAAACUUUGCAUUUUCGCAGAAUCCUUCACCUUUGACAUUUGACCAGAUUUACAGGUCAUCAGGAGCAAGCUCUGUCUCGCCAGUAUCACAAUAUAGAAAUCAGUUUGAUCAACGAUACUUGGGCGGACAUUUAGGCCUUCCUGGCAGGUAUAGUGAACCGCUUUGUGGACAGUCACGCUUUUCAGUGCAUAAAGACACUACAGAUAUAAAAGAGAAGUGUUUUAAGGAAGAUGUAAAACAGCAGAAGGAAAGUAAAUCUUCUAGCGAAAGUAAAAAGAAAACAGGUGAAAAAAAAGUAAAACUUUGGAAUCCUUUUGUAUCUGAUUUACCAAAUGAAAAUAAAGAUUCGUUUUCAAAUGAUAAAGCAGUAGUUUUAAGUGAUUCAAAGCUAAAUACUGGUGAAGGAGAGAGGAAAUCAAAGACUGAUAAUACAGAAAGUGUUGAUGCCAAUGCAAAUUCUUUAACAAAAGUUGAAAAAGAAUGUGUGAAAACACUGCCUGAUACAAGAAAGCCACAAUUCCCAGUUAGACCGAUUCCAGUGUUCAGUUCUCAUUAUUCGUCAAGACAUUAUGAUCAUUUUCAAACUGCUCCAUUACCUAGUCACGUGAUCGAUGUGUGUUCAAAGCCAGAAGAAAGCACUGUAGACUCUGUUGAGAAUAAGUCUUUAGACAAGCUUAAGGAAAAUCCUGAACAGAAUACUGCUCAAACAGACUGUCAGAUAAACACUAAUAGUGCAGUUGAAAAUGAAGAGAAAGAUUUGAAUCAAAAUUGUGAAAUAGUGAAAAAUAGUAAUUUUAUUUUUGAAGACAAGUGUUCUCUGAAAGUUGGAAACACGGAAGAAAUAAUACAAAGUUCUGAUGUAAAUUGUAGUGAAGUAGAAAUAAACCCAAAACUAGAUAACACAAGUGAUAAAGGUUUUGAAAAUGAUGAUAGUAAAUCAAAAUGUGAGGAAUCCGAAAGAAAGUCAGAUGUACAGAUAUUGUCAGAUGUGAAUGAUAAAAGUCAAAACCAGGUCUCCACUGAGUCUAGUACAUUCUUGAAUAAAAGUGACUUCCAGUCGGAAUUCUCAAAUUUUAUUUCAAAAUCAGUGCCAUAUACUACAAGUGUCCAUGUCAAUAUAGAUGAAAGUCUUCCAAAUUCAGAUAAUAGUGUAAAAUUAUCAGACAGACUGACUCAUUCUGUUGCUCUCAAUUUAUGCUCACCAAAAAGUAGUGAGUCAAAAGUUCACCAAUCUGGGAAUACCAAACAAAAAAGUCCUUCCAGUAGAAAGGAAGAAUUAAUUCAGCUUAGUAUUCAGGUGAAUGAAGUACGAAAAAGGCGAAAUAGUAAAGACUCAAAUUCGGAUAAAGUUCUAUCGCCACCUUUAAAAUCUGCUCCCAAACCAAAGGCUUUGUGCUCAAGUAGGGACAGGCGAUUUUCUCAUCCACCGACCAGGCAACCGGCAGGACACCGACGGCAUAGAGUCAGGAUGGCUUCUGCAGAAGGUGCCAUAACAAUGAUGAAGAAUACUGAAGACUCGUUAAGCGCGUCCAUUUCCAGUUCUCAUUUGUCAGAAUCGGAUUCUGACACUCAGUUGUCCAAUGAAAACCCAGACAAACUGUUUCAUGAAUCUCAACCAAUGAAUACUCAGUCUACGUACUCACCAAAUCAGAGUCUCGAUCAGAAUUAUUUACCGUCUCUUAAUGUUGAUCAAAUGAGUCAUGACAAUCAAUAUUAUAAAACAAACAACCCUCAAAUGUGCCAAAACGAUGCGGAUAAUCAAAAACCAUACCCGUGUGUUCAGGAACAAGGUAUGUUCAACGAGAAGCCACCAGUCUUGCCUCCAUUCAGUUGUUACUCUUCAAACCAAAACGCUGACGUCCUGCCGAGGGAACCAACCUUCCAUUCUCAGGAAGAAAAUUCCAAUUUCCCGCCAAAUCUCGGAGUUGAUUCCUCCAUGGAAUAUGAUGAAAAUUCGGUACUUUCUGAUAAUACUCAGAUGCAGCCAGAGUGUGAACCUCAACAGCACAGCAUUUCGCAAAAUGUGGAGCCUGUAGCAAAUAAAGACGCUAUGCUCCAUGGUGGUAAUCAUAGUAUUACAUUGGGAAAUCCUGAAUCGUAUAUAAAUGACCCAGGUCAGUGGGACUUUUUACACUCAAAGCAGUACAUUGAAAAUAUCUAUGGAAGCCAAAUUGGCUGUGAGAUAGUUAAAAGUGAAGAAGAAACACUACGUGAAUCAGAUUCACCAAAAACUUUCCUUGAUUUAGACACCACGACAAAAGAAAAGCAGGUGACAGAAGAUCACAAAGGGAAAAUGUCAAAGGAAGGUUUAUCAUCAAAGCAUUAUGGGAAAUCCUAUGUUCGACAAGGAUAUGCUGGAAAUCAGCGGAAUGCACCAAAUAUGUAUGGGAAUCAGUCCAUGGAAAGUUACGGUAACGGGGUUGGAAAUAGGUGGAAUAGUUUUAAUAGAGGGGAUGGUAUGGUACGUAACCAGUCUAGACCCGUUGGAGAUAACUAUGGGGGGCAUUAUGAACAAAAUCCUAGUCAAUAUAGAGGUAAUUAUCAUCAAAAUUAUUCACACAUGAAUCAAGGACAAAAUGGAGGAGAAAAACCUUUUAUUCAGCCUGGUUAUCACGGAAAUGAAUAUAAUCAAAGCGACUAUUAUAAUCAAAACCAGUCUAUGAAAAAUUAUCAGGGUAAUUACAAUCCAAGAUUUGAAAAUAACUAUUACCAAAACAAGGGAGGUAAUGAAUACAACUCACAAGGCAACAUGUAUCCCUCAAAUUCAGGGGAAAUACAGGGAUCAGCAAGGUUCGGGAACCAAGGGUUUAAUGGUGGUCAAGGGGGUUACGGACAGCAUUAUAAUCAACAGCCAACAUCUCACAGUGGCUCCGAUGGCAUGGGGCAGUAUCCUGAAAACACGAGUUACAGUAUUCCACGUAACGCUAGUCCAGCAAGCACCGGCUCAGACUUCAGUAAUAUGGAAGCACCUCCACCAGGGAUAGUCAAGAAAAAACGAGGGCGUAAACGCAAAGUUGACAAAGAGCCACCAGAUGAAAACAAACCGAGGCCAAAUACUGUCGUGAUGGCACCAACAAAAAUUGGCCCAUUAAUUGACAUUGACAAUCCAGAAUGCACAAUUGACACAUAUGAUUACAACAACCAGAUAGAGACUAUUUUUAAUUUCAAUAUUGAAGAUGAUUUGACUCCCAUAGGGGCACAGUAUCUGCAGAUCGAGCAACGUAUAUGUCAGAAGAUGUUGCCGAUAAAAUAUGGCUACCCAGUGACUGUUGUUUACAGCCCGUUAACGUAUGCUUUCCAGACUCACAGAGAUUUUGUAUCAAAAUUCUGUACGUCAGAACGUACUAUACUUUUCCUUGGGAUGAAUCCAGGACCGUAUGGCAUGUCUCAAAAUGGGGUUCCCUUUGGUGAAGCCAUAGCAACAAAGGACUGGUUAGGUAUCCGUGGCAAUGUGUACAAACCGGAGGUCGAACAUCCUAAAAAACCAGUGAAUGGCCUCGCAUGUAACAGGAAUGAGGUGAGUGGAGCCAGAUUUUGGGGAUUAUUCCAGAAGAUCUGUAAAGUACCGGCAAAUUUCUUCAAGAAUUGCUUUGUCUAUAAUUUUUGUCCGCUCGCGUACAUGUCAGAAUCAGGUAAGAAUAUCACACCGCCACAGCUGGUUCACUCAGAACUCGAUCAGAUUAACGAGGCGUGUGAUGCUGGUCUCGUAGAACUGGUCAAACUUCUCAACAUACGGAUGGUUAUAGCGGUCGGGAAAUUUGUUCAACAGCGCGCUUCGAAGGCUUUGCACAAUGCGGGUAUUAUGAACAUUAAGGUGGAAUGCAUCCUUCACCCAAGUCCUAUAAAUCCGCAUGCGAACAAAGGAUGGGAACAGAUCGUCGCAAAACAGCUGAUUGAAAUGAAUGUAAUGCAUUAUUUGAAUAAUGACGUUGACGAUGUACAGAGAUGUAUAGAGGAGUGGGAGCGUAUAGCUCAAAGUAACAUGAAGGUUCCUAUAGUAAGCAAGGAGGAGUAUUAGGGAGGCCUAAAUUGAGAAAGUCCCGGAAGCUGGCUUAAUUAAAAUUACUGGUUUUGUUGUUGUCACAGUUAAAUUUGCCAAACACUUGAAUCGCUAGAAAAAAAUUUCUUCCAGUAGUGUUUUCUUAUUUUCUUCCAAGGUUUAAGUACUUGCCAGUUCGUACCAUUUGUUUGUUGAUUCUAGCAAACAAAUCAAGAGAAGUUGAGUGUUUUAACAUGGCAACUGAACUAAGCAAAUUUAACGUGGCACAAUUAUUACCAGUGUAACAGUUUUUAUUUUUUAGAUAAAAAAAGUCUAAUAAAGGGGCAUAAUCAGUUUUCCACGGAAGAAACCUAUCAGCAUAAUUUGUAUCUUAAAGUCUGUAUCCCCUGACAGAGGCAUGCACUAAUUGCAUUAUUUUCUGUUGGAUAUGAUAUGUUUAAAAAAUAAGGUUUACAUUACAAUUUGUAUACUGUUUUUAGUAUGAUGUUGACUUCUUACAGUUAUACAUUAUGUGUAAAGAACUUUGGACUGUUAAAAUUACAGUGAAAAUUAGGUUGUCAGGAACAAAAAUUUAUUUCGGAAAAAUAAUUGUGAAAACGUAGGUAGCUCAUUCAACUUGCAGUAUUACAAUAGAAUUUGUACAAAAUUAUUAUUUGACCAAUUUGUUCAGCAUUACAUAAAGGGUUCAGCUUUAUGUGUUUACGUUAGAUAUAGGACCAUAGAGUGUAUAGACAAAAUGUCUACAAUUGUAUAGUUUGAAACUUUGUUAGAUAGAUUGGAGAAUUUUAUGUACAGUUACAAGACCUCAUUGAAGUUAUGAAAAAUAUUGUUUUUUAUGUAGUGGUGUUUUUGUCUCAAAAAAAUAGUUGUGUUGAAAAUUUGUGUGUUUUUUUUUGCGUGUGUGUGCAAUUUUACCUCUCUUUUUUACAUUUUUGCAAAUGGCGUUCUAUUUUCAAAGGGGAGUAACUCUUAAAAUCUGAAUCUUACUUGUAAAUGUACUCCAGUUUUGGUGCAAUGUUGGUUGUGAAAUAACUGUUGUCUCCUGUAAGUCAUAUUGUCAUGUGUUUUUAAUAUUCUCAUACUUGCUUCAAACAUUAUUAUUGCUGUAAAGUCCAGUAAUAGAUUUCAUAUAUUUUGGUUGUUAUUAUCAAUUUUGUAAAUAUAUAUACAUGAAGAUCAUUUGAUUUCAUAACCUAAUGGUCAAUUUUGCACAGUUUUUGGCUACAUGUAUUUACUUGUUCAUUGCAUAGUUACUAAUUGCAAAUAAUUCACAUUUUUCUACCAGUUUCUUUUUUCCAAACUUGUUAUAGAAAUAUGGUAUAUAGAAAUCAUGAAUUUGAUAUUGUUACUAGCAAGGUUCAGACAGGGUUUUUUGUAAAAAGUUUGUGUGACAAAUCAUUUCGAAAUGAAGAGCAUAAUCUUGCCAUGAACUGAAUAAAAUCCAUGAAAUGGAUGUUUUUAUAGAUGUUAUAGAAUGGACAUUGUGUUAAUUUUGUUAAAAAGUUCUGUCUAGAUGUUUAUUUUCCCCGUGAAUAUGUGCUCAAAAUCAAAAUUAGAUGGUCAGAAAUAUUUCUCGACUCUGUGUAUACUUCUGUUUUGUGCCUGCCGAAGAAGACUGCAGGAAAUCAUUAAAGCAAAUUAUGAGAUUAUUUAUGCUGUAAGUUGUUACGAGAUUGUCACAGAGAAGUGACGUUAGAUGUACUUUAUGUAUGCAAAUUGUUACGUUAAAUUGAAUCAAAAUGAAAGUCAGAUUUCGCUGAAUUUUUAUACAUAAUUUUUCCCUCUGAAAAAAAUCUUUGAACGAUUCUAGAUUGAUAUUUCAGUUAAAAUUGAGUUCACCUUAUAAAUGUAUGAAAGAAUACGACAGGUUUUAAUGUUCCUUGAUAAAUAUUAUUCAUUGAAGGUGUCCUUUUGAAUGUUCUGUCACAUAUAUUAGGAAACAGGUUGGAAUCAACAAACUUUGUUUUUGUCUGUGUCAUGCAACAUAAUGCAUCAUGUAGUACCAGUCAUAUUUUCACUGGCAGUAACAUGACAUUACACUGGCACUAACAUAUCUGCAGGUAACAGAAAUAAUAAGAUCAACCUUUGAGAUGCCUCCUGAAUUACCGAUGACCAGUAGUUUUGACUAUUGACUGGCAAGCCGUUGAUUAAGCGUUAUGUUACAUGAUGUCAGAAAUUAUUUUUAUGCCCCCAGCAUCUACUGAUGCGGGAGGCAUAUAGUGAUUGUCCUGUCCGACCGUUCGUUCGAGGUUAACCAAAUGGGACCAUUCGUCUAGCAUCAAUACCCCUUACUAGAAUGACUUGAUACUAAUGCAGAUGUAACCUGUGACCAUUCCUUAUCUUCAGACAUCACCUGACCUCAGUUUUUGACCUUGACCUCAUUUUGGACUUGGGUUGCUUUAUAUGGGCCAUCUCCUGGUUAACCAAAUGGGACCGUUUCGUCUGGCAUCAAUACCGCUUACAAGAAUGAAUUGAUACUAAUACAGAUGUAACCUGUGACCAUUCCUCAUCUUCAAACAUCACCUGACCUUAGUUUGACCUUGACCUCGUUUUGGACUUAGGUUGCUUUCUAUUGACAAGGAUGCCACCAGGGGCAUCAAGCGUUUAUUGAACACAGCUCCUUGUUCAUAGCUUUAUAUUUUAAAUUUUUGACGAUAGCCCAGGAAACAUUUGUUGAAUAUUGACCUAUCAUAUAGCACAAACUAUGAAAUGGCGAUUUAUAUUAUAAGGAAUUCUGUAAUAAAAUUUUUUAUCACCUUAUUUCAUGUCUUAACUAAAGCAGCAUCAAAACAGUAUCAUUUACGGCAAUGUAGAAAGUAGUCAUGGUCAAGAGACACCAAGUCGAGAAAUAUUUCUUGCCCGGUAGUGUAUGUGUGUAAGUUUUAUUUCGAAAGGUGCUACAUUAAACUCUAUGUAUUACUUGAAAAGAUUUUUCAUUUGGAAGAUAGUCUAGCCAUUUAAAUUCUUGUUGAAAUACAGGGUUCUGCAAUAUUGUCUCUAAUUUUAAAAUGGUUUCAUGUAAAAGGGUGAAAAAAAAACAGCAAGCAGUUGAUUUCAAAAGGCCAUAUCUGAAAUAGACACGUUGUUGUUAGAGUUUUGUUUUCUGUAUUUUUGUCUCAGUUUUGGUGUUUUUCUUGUUUUUAAUUUUUUGAACGGGUAAAGUCUAGAGAAGAACAGUCUAAUAAAAUGGCAGUCAGAA